AUGUCACCGGCAAGAUUCAAGAAGAAGAUCGGGGGCCCCCGCGUGCUGUACUGGUUCCGCACCGAUCUACGGCUUCACGACUCACCCGCCCUGACGCACGCGCUGUCCCUCAACCCGUCGGCCCUGAUCCCACUGUGGACGUGGGACCCGCACUACGUGUACCGCCAGCGCGGGGCGGCGAACCGGUGGCGGUUCCUGGUCGAGAGCAUGUGCGACCUCUCCCAGAGCCUGACCGCGCUGAACGCCCGGCAGAGACUGUUCGUCGUGCGUGCCGCUAUUGGCCCUGCCAAGACCCUGGCGUUGCUCCUGCGCCAGUGGAAGAUCGACGUGCUGGUCUUCGAGAAGGACACCGACGCCUAUGCCCGCAUCCGAGACCGCGAGGUCGCCCAGGUCGCUGCGGACCUUGGCGUGCAGGUCGUCAGCGUCAGCGGACGCACGCUGUUCGAUUCUGACCAGGUGGUCGAGAUGAAUGGCGGCAAGCCCACCAUGAGCAUGGCCCAGCUGCUCAAGGCCGUCGCGAAAAUCCACGACGGCGUCCCCGCCAAGCCCCUGGAGAGACCGACCAGCAUUCCCGAUCCCUUGAGUGAGAGCGAGAUGGACUUGUCGGUUCUCGAGCAGGAGCUGUCCGGUGACGGGGGGCGGCCGAACCAAGCAUGGCCAGGUGUGGACCGCAUGGACUAUAACGCCGUCCAACGAACGCUGGGUCGUGAGAAGGACACGCAAUACGCGUCCGGCCCCAUGGGACCAGACCGCGACUUCUCGGUCCCGACCCUGGAGGAGAUGGGCAUCGGCCCGCCCUCGGCAACGACUCCACACCGCGGCGGCGAAACCGCCGGCCUGGCUCUCCUGGCCCGCCACGUCGCCGACGAAGAAUACAUCGCGACGUUCGAGAAGCCAGCCACGGCCCCGACGGCGUUCGACCCCGCGGCCACGACGCUGCUGAGUCCGCACAUGCACUUCGGGACGGUCUCGUGCCGCCGGUUCUGGUGGGACGUGCAGGCGGUGCUGGACCGGCGACGCAAGGCGAAAAAGCGCGUCAGCGACCAGCCCGUCAACAUCCCCGGCCAGCUGCUCUUCCGCGACAUGUACUUCGCGGCGCACGCGCAGGUCGGGGUCGCCUUUGGCCAGACGGUGGGCAACCCGGUAGCGCGAUUCAUCCCGUGGCACCUCCAGUCCCGCUACACCACCGGCCAAGACGGAAAAUUAGCGAGUGACGGCACGUACAUCGUCGACAACCCGCAGGCAGAGGAGUUCUUCCUGCGGUGGAAGCAUGGCCGGACGGGGUUUCCCUGGAUCGACGCGCUGAUGCGCCAGCUGAAGCAGGAAGGCUGGAUUCACCACCUGGGACGACACGCGGUGGCGUGCUUCCUGACGCGCGGCGGGUGCUACGUCUCGUGGGAGCGCGGCGCUGAGGUGUUCGAGGAGUGGCUUGUCGACCACGAGGUGGCGUGCAACGCCGGCAACUGGAUGUGGCUGUCCUGCACGGCCUUCUUCAGCCAGUUCUUCCGCUGCUACUCGCCCGUCGCGUUCCCCAAGAAGUGGGACCCCGAGGGACUCUUUGUGCGCCGCUACGUCCCCGAGCUGGCCCGCUUCGACAAGAAGUACAUCUACGAGCCACACCGGGCACCGAUAUCGGAUCAGAAGCGUUGGGGCUGUGUGAUCAAGGGUGACGGUGGCGCCACGGGGAGCGGGAAGGGGGGAGAAGGAGAAGGAGAAGGAGACCACAAUGUGUAUCCGAAGCCAAUGUUUGAUUUCGCCGAGAGACGGCAGUUCUGCCUUGACCGCAUGAAGCACGCCUACGACGUGGGUCUGUUUGGCGACGACGAGCGGGUUGUCAGCGGUGAGUGGAAGAAGUUGUUUGACGUCGAGGACGUUGCAGCUUUAGGUACCAGCGAGUGCAAGGAGGAGGCGAAUGGGGAAGUAGUCUCAGGCGAGGGCGAGCACGACGAGGGCGGUGAUAGACGACACGAAGACGAUCUCAAGCAUGGCGCGGGGGUCAGUGAUGAAACCCAUGCUCGCGGCAGCGGCAAGAGGAAAGCCACACAGCAGCAAGGCCCUGGUGUGCAGAGCAAGAAGCAGCAGCAGCAGCAGCAGCAGCAGCAGCAGCAGCAGCAGCAGCAGCAGCGCACGCUGGACGAGAUGGUGACUCGGAAGAAGAACCGGUAG